AAAAUUACAACUAUUCCAAAAUCGAUGUAAAAUACGGUAAUGACAUCCAUAAAUCAAUAUUUCCUAAAUGUAUACAUUAAUUGACAUUGUUCUGUUGUAUAUCAAUUGUAAUCUACACUUCUAUGUUCAAUGUAUGGUAUCAGGCAAUACGAUAGUAUCCCCGUUGAAUGAACUCACUUGCUUGGAUGCCAGUGUGUGAGCGAGACACAUUUGACAUUUGCAGAGGAUUUCACAGGUAUAAUGACAUCAUAUAUCAUCGCUUUCACGUCGUAAGUGACAAAUAGAUGAUUCAGGGAGAUGUAUUUCGUAGUUGGACAAAUUAGAACGCUAAUAGCCUGUCGUGUUGGUGAGGGCUCAGUCAUUGACAGCCUGGGUCCAGGGACACAGAUGGAGCAGUAAGGAUAUGAUACCGAGAUUACAGGAAAAAACUACGAGAUGAAGGGGUCAGGCCUGACUAACAAAGAAGACAGGUGGAUGGAUCAAGAGGACCAGGAUGGACAUUCCACAGUGGAGAUAAGGAAAACUAAGAGUGAACCAUAACAUAUGUAUAUACUGUAUAUAGCUAGCAUGGGUAUUGAAAGAUACCAGAGGGUGGAUAACAAAAAAAGCACUAAUAUAAGAAGUAGACGGUACAUGUUUGGUUUUUGGGCUAAAUGUGUACAUUAUGAUUUGCCUCUGAACUGUAUGUGAACCCCUCUGCAAUCUACUGGCACUAACUAUUAAAAACUAGGACUUCAACCAGGCUGUCCCUAUGCUAUUUGCUCUUUUUUUCUCUUAAACUGCUAGCAUAAAGCCUACUUGAAAAUGUUUUUUUUUUUCAGAAAAGAUCAUGACAAAUAAGAUCAGCUGGCCCAAAUCAGCUCUACAUAAUUCAGCAGGGAGGUGUGCAACUACCACACAUUAUACCAGUGGAGAAACUACGUCACCUACAUAGUCUUCAAUGCGACGCAAGACUGCUCAUUGUGUGUUUUGCAUCAUCCAGAGAAAAAUGAUGAUGAUCUGACCAACUGGAGAUAGCAGAGAAACAAAACAACAUCAUGUCUUCAUCGUGUAGGCCAAAGCUGCUGUUGUACUUGGCAUCACAUCACCACCAGAACACUUCUCAACAAGAGCACUUGUAUUUGUUCAUUGAGUCCCAAUCUGAGACACUACACCUGUGGAAAGAAUCCAUCCAGGAGGAGAGUAGCAAUCACUGGAAUAGCACUUGUCUCUCCUCUCGGCACAGGGACUACUCUACCCUGGAACCAGCUGAUUAGCGGUGCCAGUGGGAUUGUCGCCCUUCACUCUGAGACGUAUAAGACAAUCCCCUGUAAAGUGGCAGCCCUGGUGCCCCGAGGGGAUGGAGAGGGCCAGUUCAAGGACGAGAGAUUCGCCACGCGCAGGGAGAUCAACAGUAUGUCACUGUCAUGGCUCUCGGUGCCGCACAGCUGGCACUGGAGGAUUCUGGGUGGUAUCCCAGCAGCCCUGGUCAGCCCCUUCUUUGUGCCUCGUAUCCUGGUCAACAUGGCUGCAGGUCAUGUCAGCAUUAAGCACAAACUAAAAGGCCCCAACCACGCCGUGUCCACCGCCUGCACAACUGGAGACCAUGCCCUCGAUGACGCAGCCAGGUUCAUUGCCCACGGAGACGCUGUCGCCAUGGUAGCGGGUGGGACAGAAGCCUGUGUGGGACCUCUGUCAAUCGCGGGGUUUGCGAGGGCGAGGGCUUUGGGUACCCAUUGGAAUGACCAGCCCAGGCUGGCAUCACAGCCCUUAGGGAGGAGGGAUGGGUUUGUGAUGGGUGAAGGGUCUGCGGUGGUGUUCCUGGAGGAGUGGGAGCAUGCUGUGAGGAGGGAGGCCAGGGUGUAUGCUGAGGUGCUGGGGUACGGCCUGUCAGGGGACGCCAGCCACAUCACAGCCCCCACUGCUGAUGGAGACGGAGCCAUCAGGUGCAUGUCUGCAGCGCUCCGAAACACUGGUGUGGAACCGGCCCAUGUGACGUAUGUGAACGCACAUGCCACCUCUACACCGCUUUCUGCAGAGAACACUGCCAUCAAGAGACUGUUCCAGCAGCACGCCGCCACCCUGGCUGUCUCCUCCACUAAAGGGGCCACGGGGCAUCUCCUGGGGGCUGCCGGGGCCCUAGAGGCAGCCUUCACUGCUCUGGCCUGCUACCACAGCACUUUGCCACCCUCCCUCAACCUGGAUUUCACUGAGCCAGAGUUUGACCUGAACUAUGUGCCCUGCACUGCAUAGCAGUGGAAGACAGAGGGCAGACGGGUAGCUCUAAACUCUUUUGGGUUUGGGGAGACUCAUGUGUCGCUGUGUCUCACCAGUGUCUGAAAAGCUUAUCUGAAGGAUUCACUUCUUACUGGUUUUGUAUGGGAUUUGAUUUCGCAACAGAUCCUUUAUAGAUUCCAAGUAUUUCACUUUCAAAAUGUUCUCAAUAUUAUAUUGGGACAUGUAACAGUAAAUAAUUUGCAUGAAAUUAUGAUUGAUGUUUGCAUUUUGUUCAUUAAAAUACACAUAUACUUUGUGUACUUCAA